AUGGCGGGCAGGUUUAGCCCCUGUGGUAGUUCUGCUGCUGGCGGCGCUGCUGCUGGGGCAUUGCGCGCGGACGAGGCGCAGCUCGCGCCAUCUUCCGCUUCCGCCCCGAUCUCCCCCCCCACCCCCAGCUCUCAACCUGCGCCCUUCCCUCCGCGCACCAAGGGCCUUCUGCUGCACGCUGCGCCGGGCGUGGACUUGGGGCGGCCCGCGGGCAUUCACCCGCUGCGCGGGCAGCCCGCGUGGGACGACGAGGAGGAGGAAGGGGGGGGCGCGGGGAGCGGCGCUGGUGGAAGCGGCGGCACUGUCGCCUCGAGCGCAAUGGGGGAGGGCAGCGGGGGACUGGGCGGCGGCGGGGCCGGCGGCGGAGGGAGCGGCGCGUUUCCGGUGCACGGGGAGCUGACGAUCUCGUCCGCCGCAACGGCGGCGUCGUCGCGCGCGUUCCAGCGCGCGUGCCAGUCGCUGACGCCCGACGCGGCGUGGAUCUGCUACAAGGGCGGAGACGUGCUGGCGCAGCCGAAUCUCGCGCUGUACCUCGUGUGGUACGGCGACUGGGACAACGACCGCAAUGGCGGCGACAGCGGGCGGAAAUACAUCCGCCAUUUCAUCAACAACCUCGGGAUGCCCGGAUUGGAGGGCCUGCCGUCGCCCAACAGUUGGUGGCAGAUCGUGCGCCAGUACGCGGACCGCGCGGGCGUGAAACCCGGAGCGCAAGUGACUAUAAAGGGCGAGCACGAGAACAAGCAGUACUCGCAGGGGCGGCACCUGAGCGCUGACACGUCGAGCGUCUUCAAUAUUGUCAUCGAUGCGAUUAACGCCGGCGCGCUGCCGUUCGAUCCCGCGGGCGCUUACGUCGUGCUGACGUCGGAUGACGUCACGCUGGCGAGCGCGGACCAAUCGCAGUCGUUCUGCGGGGUGAAGGGCAAGGGGUACUGCGGGUGGCACCACCAGUCGGGCGUCAUGCUCGGCCCCAACGACAGCUACCCGCUCACCUUCACGCACGUCGGCAACGCGGUGACGCAGUGUGCGGCGGGGUGCAUAGGGGGCUUUGGCACGUACAAGCUGCCCAACAGCGGGUUCUGGGGCGUGGACGGCAUCGUCUCCAUCCUCGCCCACGAGCUCGCUGAGCUCGUCACCAACCCUGAUGGCAAGUCAGGGUGGACGGGCAACAACGGGGAGAUUGGCGACAUGUGCUCGUUUGACUUUGGGGCUGUCACGGUGGGCGUGGACGCGGGAGGGCAGUCGUUCGGCUACAACAUGGCCGCUGCUGACGGCUCCGUCUUCCUCAUUCAACGCCUCUGGAACGCCUUUGCUCCCAUUGGCCAUGCACCAUCCCUCCACAAGUCGCUCCCUGCUUCCUUGCCCCAGCUCAUCCAUUCUCAACUCCUUCCACCCCCUUUCCCACGCCUCUCUCACUUGACCACCGCAGGUAGCUGUGCAGUGGAGCUGCCCAAGGCCCUCACCACGCCACCCUCCUCCUCCUCCACCUCCUCCCAGAGCGUCCAAUCCUCCUCCGCUUCAACCCCUCCCACCACACCCACUCCCACCACACCUACAUCCUCUCUCCCAGCAACCCCUCUCUCCACGCUCGAAGCACCCAAGCAGUGCAAGGCAGUGCAGGCUCAGGCAGCAGCGUUCACAGGAAGCAUCGGCGGGGGCAACUGCUGCAGCGGGUACUCAGACGCGUUUGUGCGCGUGCCGUGGGAUCUCAGCUGCAGCAGCUUCUGUGUGUGCGUGGGUGGCGUGGCCAGCUUCCAAGUGUCCUGCCCUUCCGGCACCAUCUUUGACUCAGCACGCUCCCUCUGCUCUGCUCCUUCUCCCUCCAACACCUGCCCAUAA